GACGUUACUAGGGGCGUGGAACCAAGCGAGCUGAAUGGGAAACACAUUUGUGCGCCUCGUCGUUGUUUUAACCUAAUGGGGAGAGGCGAUGACAAGCGAAAACAGUUCUCCACGUAAAUUAAUUGCCGACGGGACGACAGGCAAACUAAUUUCCCGUGUCUUAAAGCGGACCGACUGGUCUUUAGCUACACGCUCCGCAUACAGCAGCCACGAAGGAGAGACGCGGCAUCGUUGGCUGUAACCGAGGAGAGGGAUGCGGGGACUAGAAAGGAGAUAAAUACAACGUAUUGGUCUUUUUUUCUCUCGUUAAUAUGGGGUCUGUGUUUAGUUAGCAAAGGCAGAGCUGAACCUGCAUUUAUUUGUGGUCGUUUGGGUGGCUCUUGUACGUGAAAAUGGGGAUAAUAUACAGAUAGGGCGUUUUAAAGUCCACAUUUUCCCAUGGACAAUCGGCUAAUGUUAGCGAGUUUUUUUAAUACUGGACCUGGCAGGUCUGUCUGUUUCGUGUAUCGUUAGCGUGACUGUAGCCGAGGUUGUUUGGUCGAUUUUCCUCGCUUUUUGAACUAGGCUCUUGAUAUUGGAUGAAAUCUCAUCCAUGCCAUCCAUCCCAGUGUUGUUAGGGGCCUCUGCUGGCAAACUGCGUCACCGAGUGGGCGCUGCAGGUACUCAUCUCUAAAUCUGCAUGUUGGGAAGUCUAGCCAUGGCACGAAUGACCUGGAAACCUAAGUGACUGAACUUUUAAAUCACCAUGGAGCCGGAAGCUAAUUCAAACUCCGAGGUCCACCAAGAACUGAAAUGUCCAUCUGUACCCAACUCUCAGUGUGAACUGGCCUUAAAUAUGUAUGAGACUAUGAGUGAUGGAAAUGUCAAUCUUGUGGACUCAGUAGUGAGAGGUGGGAGUGGCCCCAGUGCAUAUCCUUCCUCCAGUUAUCAGAAGAAUGUGCAUCAGAGAUUCAUCAGGAGAAGUCUGUGGUUCUCGGACACAGAUGAACAGGCCUUUGAAGCACCUGAAUGUGAUAACAGGAGUAAGAUCCUAAACAUAAACCUGCGAACAAUAGUAGACAGGACGCGGGGGACUAGUUGCGGGAUACAGGAAGGUUCCAGCACUGAAAGUCAAGGUGGGCAAAAAGACAGUGCAACAGAGAGCGCCAGUGCCGAUGAGGAGAAGGAGAAAGGUGGAGAUGCAUUAAAUCUUACAUGCAAUGAUGCUGGUAAAACCGCUAUCAAGGCAGCCAGUGAGGAGAAUGAGGAGGAGGCAGAGAUGAAGGCAGUCUCCACAUCUCCAGGAGGAAGAUUCCUCAAAUUUGACAUUGAGCUGGGGAGAGGGUCCUUUAAGACGGUCUACAAGGGCCUGGAUACUGAGACCUGGGUGGAAGUUGCCUGGUGUGAGCUGCAGGAUCGCAAACUGUCAAAAGUGGAACGUCAGCGCUUUAAGGAAGAGGCAGAGAUGUUGAAGGGUCUUCAACAUCCCAACAUUGUCCGUUUCUAUGACUUUUGGGAAUCACCCCUUAAAGGGAAGAAGUGCAUUGUUUUAGUAACAGAGCUCAUGACGUCAGGAACACUAAAAACCUACCUAAAGCGUUUCAAGGUAAUGAAGCCCAAGGUGCUGAGGAGCUGGUGCAGACAGAUCCUGAAAGGCCUUCACUUUCUCCACACCAGGACCCCUCCCAUCAUCCAUAGGGACCUCAAAUGUGAUAACAUCUUUAUCACUGGACCUACAGGCUCGGUCAAGAUAGGGGAUUUAGGACUGGCAACACUCAAGGCGGCUUCCUUUGCUAAGAGUGUCAUAGGCACCCCAGAGUUCAUGGCUCCAGAGAUGUAUGAGGAACACUAUGAUGAGGCUGUGGAUGUCUACGCCUUUGGCAUGUGUAUGCUAGAGAUGGCCACCUCAGAAUACCCCUACUCCGAGUGCCAGAAUGCUGCUCAGAUAUACCGCAAAGUCACUAGUGGAGUGAAGCCAGCGAGCUACAACAAGGUCAUGGAUCCUGAAAUCAAGGAGAUUAUUGGGGAGUGUAUCUGCCAAAAGAAAGAGGAGCGGUACACCAUCAAGGACUUGUUGAACCAUGCUUUCUUUGCUGAGGACACAGGUGUAAGGGUGGAGCUUGCUGAGGAGGAUGAUGGGAAAAAGGCCUCCAUAGCCCUGAAACUGUGGGUGGAGGACCACAAGAAGUUAAAAGGGAAGUACAAGGAGAGUGGAGCCAUCGAGUUCACGUUUGAUCUGGAAAAGGAGAUCCCUGAGAAUGUGGCACAAGAGAUGGUGGAGUCUGGCUUCUUUCACGAGAGUGAUGCUAAGACUGUGGGAAAGUCGAUCAGGGACCGUGUGACACUGAUCAAAUGGAGAAGAGAGAGAACAGUGUCUGCUGCAGUUGCAGUGGAUCAAGGUGAAGGGGGACACAGGGUCCAGAUGACACCAUCUCAGGGCAUCUCUGCUGGGGCUGCACAUGUAGGACAGCCUUUGCUGGAACCAGAAGAGCCAGAGGCAGACCAGCACAACAGGCUGCGUAACCUACCAGCCAGUGCAACCUCAGUGACAUCAGACGGCACACUUGACAGUGGCAUGGGCUCUACUGUGUAUUCAGACUCCCACAGCAGCCAACAGAGUGUCCUCUACCAGUCCCUGCUGGAGCCUAUUACUAUGGCAACACAGCAGUGCCAGAGCAGUAGCCCUUCUCUGAAAGAUCGACCUCACUCCUGUGAGAAGGGUGAAGUGUGGGGGGCAACACUGAGCCCAGAGCUGAGGACUCGAUUGGGAGCUGCAGCCCGGAGAGCAAGUGCCCCUGUUAUUGACACUCAAAGGGCAAACCACAUUGCUCAACUCCAUGCCCUCAUUCAGUCUCAGAGAUCAAUCAGUCCCACCCCCACAGUACUAGAGAACCAGUCGGAACUCAGCCCCUCUGAGCUUCACUCAGAGACUAAGGAUGGGCCCCCUCCCCAGAGUGCUCUGCCAGUACUGCAGGUCUCCCCUGUCUCCUCGUCCUCUGAGUACCGCCGCUUCAGUGACAUCAGCAUCAGACUGUCAUCAGGGGCCACCAGUGAGAACUUAACACUGCCUGUGCCAAGUGGACGCAGACACUCUGACCUUAGUAGUCUUCUGAAUCUAAACUCUCAUAACCACCAUUUUGCAAUGCAUAGAAGCCACGUGUGCCAGGCCUGCCUCUCUUUGCUUCUUCUAAGGUCACGAGAAGUGAGCCUCCGCUGUCCUUCUAUUGGCAUACCAACACACCAUUGUCCAUGUGACUUUAGACACCACUCGUCCUCUGGUGGAACAAUGACCACCCCUGGUUAUGGAAGGCUGAAAGGCUCAAGUGAUUGUUCCGAUUUCUCACUGUUUCAGCAGUCCCUGUUCAAUAUAAUUAGCCGCAAAGCAGCCCCUUGUCACACCACACCCACCCAAGCCUACCUGCUACACUCCUCAGCUGCCCACAAGCCUGCCUGCAGUGAUGGAGACGGCAGCCUGAAGAGUCAUCUCCUGAGUGGCAGUUUGGUUGGGCACCAAGAUCCACUCCAGGAAUGCGAGGAUAGAUUCUGUGCUGGAGAUCAGCAAGUUACCAGGGCUGUGGGAGUGGCCAGUUCUUCAGGUCACCAGAAUCAACCAUCUAUCCAGGGCCUGCCUUCUUCUAGCACAGCAGUCCACACACCACUGCAGUACCUCCAGCCUGGACACAGCUACCCUGCUGCUCCAUAUGCUGGCCAACACAGUGCUGCAACACCAGCUCCAGCCAGUCUGUGUUCAGUCAACAUCCAGCAUACAGUCAGUGUUGCUAGCUACACACCUCCAAGUGUGCAACAGACCCAAACUGCAGCAGGUAUUCCAGCAUCAGCUGUGCCACAACAUGUUGCACAGAGCUACCAAGCACCAGGCCAUCAACAGCAGCAGGCAACAGCAGCAAGCUCUUUGAAUUUUCCUUUGAAAGUCCAACAGACUUGUCAGAACCGUGCGGCCCCAACUCAACAACAGGCUCACUCUGCAUCAGGAUAUCCUACUCCAGUUCACCAACAGAUUGCUGCAGCAGCAAACACCCUGCCAGCACAGCAGUCAGCACAAAGCUACCCUCUUGCAUCUGUAGCCCCAACUAUGGCAACCAUGGCCCAGUGUCAUCCUGCACAAGCUCCCAGCGCACUGCAACAGGUCCAAGGUGCAGUCAAACUUCCAAGUCAGCAGCCUGGUCAGAGCUCCUCUACACCAGCACUUUACAGCCAACAGAUACCUGUUCAGCAAGAGCACCAGCAGCCCUUACUGCAAAACACUCAGUCCAAUAUACAACUAAUACAACAUGCUGGGCAGGCUUAUAUUCAGCCUCAACUCCAGCAUAGCCAAGAAACUCAGCAUACUAUACAUCAACAAAUGGCACAAAAGCCUACCCACCAUUCUCAAAGUCUUGAGUCUCCUGGUCAGCAACAAGUACACACCCCAACUCUACAGAAGCACAGUCAGAAAACCAUGCACAUAGCAGUUCCACAACAGAGCCAGGAUGUGUCCCAGUCUACAGUCCAACAGGUCCAGACCCCAGCUUCUCAGCCUCAUCCUACAGCAACCACAGUUGUGCAAGUUGCAGCCACACACCAGAGUUACCAUGCUGCAGGUCUACCUGAUGCUGCCUCUCAGAGCUAUGCACAUUCUGCCAUCAAUGCGCUGCAGCAACAGACUGCUCCAGCUCAGAGCCAGUACCUGCCCUCACAGUCUACUGCUGCUCCACAGAGCUAUGGAGGAGCUAACCAGGUAGUGACUCAUCAGAGCCUUCAAGCCUCUUCCCAGCAUAGCCAGGCUGCACAUCUCACCCAACAGUUUCAACCCUAUCUUUGCAUCGCUGCUUUCCUGAAUCAGAAUAUCCCUGCUGGUCAGAGCAUUUCAAAGCUUGGACAAGAUGGACAGGGCCAUGGGCAGAAUCUCAGCCAGUCAGCUUCUGGUGUGCCAGUCCAGGCACUUCCUCCUCAGCAGUCAAUGGCUCAGGCUACUGUCCACCAACAACUCCAACCUCUGCAGAUGUCAAACUCUCUACCACCAACACAUCCAUCCCAGUAUCCCACAGUCCAGGUGAUGACAACUGUGACUGACUGUGAAUCCUCCUACCCUCACUCCUGCACUACCCCUCACCCUUCAACCUCCUCUUCUCUUAAUUCCAUCUUCCUUUCUCCUGGACAGACUCUCCCUGUGUCCUCCUCUGUCUCCCCCCUUUCUCCUCUGCACAUUGAAAAUGUGUUAGUUUCACCUAUCCCAGUGUCCCUCGUACCUUCCCCCUCACCUGUGCUGGGUAAGGCGGGAUCAACAUCCCCGCAGCACCAGCUCACUGCUGCUCUGCAGCAGAGUAUUAGAUCUGAAGCUUCUCAUUCACAACCUGCAUUUAUAUCAGCACUAACUACCACCCAUCCCAUACACACACACCCUGCCCCAUCCCAGAACACACACCCUCCCACAAAUGGCAGCACUCAGCCUCUGAUACAGCAGGUUCCCCAGCAGGCCAAGGUCAACCAUUCUGAGCUUGUCCCCUCUGCUCAGCUCACCCAACCUGCAGUCUUCUCCUCACCUGUGCAGAAUGGGUCAGACCUGGGCACAGCCACCACUGCUGCCCAGCUGGACAACAGGAACCCAUGCCAGCUGCCCCCGCAGGCCCAGUCCCAGAGUCAGGUUCAGAGCCAGGUUCCUGUGAUGCAGCCCUCUGACUCUCAAAGAGCAUCAUCUGGGUCUGGCAGUUCCACUCUGACUCAGCAGAAACAGCUCACUACUCUCACAGGAACUGCAGGUCAGGGUCCAGCAGAGACCAACACAGAGGAUCAAGCCGCAGAGAAACACACUGGAGGACAGAGCUAUGACAGUGUCAACUCUGAUGCCACAUCAGGGAAGGAGAUGAGUGAUGGAUAUGAGGGGACACAUGGAGGUAAAGGCGAAGGAAAAGUCCGCAAACACCACCGCAGGUCCACACGCACUCGUUCUCGGCAAGAGAAGAUCAACAGGCCAAAACUCAGUAUGCUCAAUGUGUGUAACACUGGCGAUAAGAUGGUAGAGUGUCAGUUGGAAACUCAUAACCAUAAAAUGGUCACUUUCAAGUUUGACCUGGAUGGAGAUGCACCGGAAGAGAUUGCUACAUACAUGGUGGAGAAUGAUUUCAUUCUGCCUUUAGAAAAAGAAGUGUUUAUCGAGCAGCUGAAGGACAUUGUCGACAAGGCUGAGGACAUGCUGAGUGAAGACACUGAGGGUGAGAGGAACUCUGACCAGGGAGGGAGUCCCAAACAGAGUGAGGGAGCUGGCACACUGGGAACUGAGGGAUUGAAGGCAUCCACACCCAGCACCUCACAGCUGGUGUACCAGCAAAAUGUCCUCCACACUGGCAAGCGCUGGUUUAUCAUCUGCCCUGUGGCUGAGACGCCCAUGUUAGACAAAGAGAAGACUACAUCUCACACCUCUACAGCCCAGGAACCUGAAAAGUCUGCCUCAUCAUCAGUCAGGCCCAACAGCAACACAACUGCAGUGACUACCCCAUUCGCAUCUUUAUCCUCCCAAAGUCCAUCCUCCUCCUCUCUGCCCCCUGCAGCUCAGACCUCAGUGCAACCACAAGACCAAAACACUGACAAAGCCCGGAUCCAGCAGCCUCAGCCCUGUCUAACUAAACAUGCCCUUGCUGCUGCUGGUGUCAGCCAUCAUAGCUCCCUUCCCGUGGAAGAGCCUUGCAUCUCUGCUGUCUCUAUGGUAACAGACAUGCCAUGCUGCGCUAUUGUGCCACCUGUGUCUCUGGAUGUGAAUUCUGUUGAUAAAGGAGCUUCUGGUGGUUUGGCCUCCUCUCAAACUAAUCAGAAGGUCAGUCCUACUGGAGAACUACCCCCUCACCUGACCUCCCAUCAGUCGGUGGUCCUGCAGCAACCCUAUGCCACGCCCAUGCAGCCUGGUACAGUCACCUCCCAGCCUCAGAGUCCAGCACAUCAGAACUCCCAGUCUUCAAGCCACCAGCAGCCAGUGAGCGGGGGGCCAGGAGAGUCGGACAGUGAGGGACCACGCAGGGUGGAGUUUGUUGACCGCACCAUCAAGACUUUGGAUGAGAAGCUGAGAAACCUGUUGUAUCAGGAGCAUGCCCCCUCCCAGCCCUCCAGCACUGCAUCUGACCCCCACGUCUCCAGUACAGAGGGAGUCAGCUCACCUCCAGUCUCAGACGGCCAGAGCACCGAGGGAGCACUUACAAAGAAGAAAGGGGAGCCACUGCCUCAGAUUCCUGAGCGCACAGAUAGUGUGGGUGCACUAAGUGACUCUGCAGUGGCAGCCACUAACAGGGUUUUAAACAGAAGAGAUAUGACCACCAGCUCAAGUUCAUAUAGCGCCAAAAGCCGUUUUCAAAUCAUUCCCACUCCACCAGAUGUAAUUUUUCGUUUAGAGAAAAGCAAGACGAGCUGCAGCACCCACAGUUCUCCAGCUCCCUCUAGUGGUUCUGGAGGGUCUCACAGCCAGACCCAGGGCCCAGGCAGGAAAGAGAAGGGCGGUGUGGCUGUGGAUAGGUCCUCUGUGACAGCUGCAGCUGAUAAUGAGAAUGCAGGAACAUCCAAACCCCACAGUAGUAACCGUUACUCUGCCCCACCGAACUUCUACCACGCCUCCCCCACUUCCAGCCCUGAUGUCACCCCACGCCAUAUCCCCCGGGCCCAGACCAUCGACACUCCGACCCAUCACCACUACCACCACUCCUCUCACCUCUGCUCUGACUCAGCAGAUGAGGACAGCAGCAGCAUAGCUCUUCCUCCAGCCCACCCUGCUCCCCCAGCUCAUGCCCUGUCUGAGCACAGUGGAAGCGACCUCAUGAAGAGGGCAGUAGCCUUCCUGCGGCGCUCUGGUCGGAGUAAAAGUGAGCAAAGCUCUGAUUCACCAAGCCGACAGCCCGUGGCAAUGAAUGGUCAUGCUCCCUCGCCUUCUGCAGGACACUCAUCCUACAUCAGCAGUGACAAUGACUCCGAGUUUGAGGAUGCAGAUAUGAGGAAAGAACUACAGAAAUUGAGAGAAAAACACAUGAAGGAGAUCUCUGAGCUACAGGCAUUCCAGAAGAGUGAGAUUGAGAGUCUGUACAAGGAGCUGGGCAAAACACUACCCCCCAAUGUUGGUCUACUUCACGCAGCACCCCCAAGUGGCCGCAGACGCAGGGCCAGCAAACACAAGCUGAAGGCUGGAAAACUGCUCAAUCCGAUGGUGCAGCAGCUCAAAAACAAUCUUAACACCUCCGCAGAGAGGAAAGGUGAGAGUGCUGCCAGUUCAUCUGGCUCCCUGGCCAAAAGUACAGUUCUGUCAGAUGGCUCUGCCCACUGCAGUGGCAGUUCCAGCAAGCCCAGCACAGCCCCAGAGCAGGUCCACACCCAGCAACCAUGUUCCUUGAAGGGCUCUUUCUCCUCAGACAACAUCUAUGCAGGGCUACACGGUGAUGGAAUGGCCAACCUAGCAGGCCCUGGCCAAGGCUGGACGGUUUACCACCAAACGUCAGAGAGAGUCACCUAUAAAUCUAGUAGCAAACCACGCACUAGAUUCCUCAGUGGACCUGUGUCUCUGUCCAUCUGGUCCACUCUGAAACGACUAUGUCUAGGCAAAGAGCGCAGUAGUAGGUCUUCUCUCAACACCAACACAGCUCCAACGGCCUCGAGUCAGCCACAGCCGUCACUCACUACAGCCACACCCUCACCAUCUCCUCAGCCAAUCACACGACUUGCUCAGGUCCAGACCAACAACAGCAACAACAAGAGAGGCACGUUCACCGACGAUCUUCACAAACUGGUAGACGACUGGACGAAGGAGACUGUUGCGGCAGCCAAUCAAUCGCGCCCCUCCCUGAACCAGAUCAAACAGCAGAGACGCCAGCAGGACCUGGAAGGCAGAGCGCCGCCCAUGGGAGCAGCUGCAGCGCAUGAGAUUAAAUGCCAUGUUGGUCCCAGCAAGUUCAAGCUGCCUCUUUCCUGCCCCCUGACUGCUGCUUUAGGCCCUGGUAUGCCAACAACCCUAGCUAACAACUCCUCAGCAAUGCUCCCUCCUGGGUACCUUUUGCCAGCAGGCUCCUAUGGCGGGAUGGUUCCUGGUCCUCUUUACUCCCAGCAGUGGCCUGGCAUGCCUAGUCCUGUAGGGUCCAUGGGUCCUGUAGGCUUGGUUGGUGCUGCAAGAAUGAUGCCCUAUGCCACAAUGGCAAACCCAGGAAUCAAAGCCUACCCUCUGGUCGUGCACGACCCUGAGAAUGGCUGCUGUCUAAAAACCACUAGGACUACUUAAUCUACUAACUAAAAUGUGUUCAUGUGUAUGGGCAGGAUAGUCUGUUCUGGUUCACCAGAGCAACACAUGUACAUAAUCUGAUCUUGUAAAUAAUGACGCGAGUGUUGAUAUUCUUUAUACAACACUUAUAUCUGUAGUUAAUUGUGUGUGUGUGUGUGUGUGUGUGUGUGUACGUAUGUGUGUAUACUAUACAGUACAUGUUACGUAUGUAUGUCUGAAUACCUAAUGCUUUUUGGCUUUGGUCUUGACUAAACUCAGCCAUACAAGACAUUUUGUCUGUGGUCACAAAAACAUAUUUCACUGUUCUUUAUUACUGCAGUUUUCACAUUGAUUUAGCCUUUCUCUGUGUUACGUACAUGUUAAACACUACAUUGGAAUCCAAAUACCAGUGAUUUGAGAUACAGUAACAGGACAGUAUUUAUGAUGAAGAAGGAAUGUAGUGCCUUGAACAUUGAUUUAUAUUUUUUUUUCUUCUGUGAAACAAAACAUGUCUGCAUCUAAGUUAUUUUAUUUGAUGGUAGCUUGAGUGCAGUCUUUUUUUUUCUUAUGCAUUACAAACACUUUGGUGUUUUUGGUUUUUUUGGUUUACAUAUGAAUGCCCUUGUAGUACUGCACUAUUAACACAGUAUAUGCUCUUAUUUAAAUAAUAAAAUCAUGGUUUAACCCUUGUUUACUUUCCACCCCUGUGACAGAUGGAAUGCCAUAGUGGUGAGAUGUACCGAUGCCUUGCAGAAACAAAUGGUUAAUGUACGACUGAUGAGAGGAAGAAAAAGAAUUAUGCCAGCAGCCAAAAUCUACUCUUUCAGGUCUAAUGGUUCAGUUGAAACAGUCUUUUUUUUGAUAGGACAACUGAUGUGUUGGACAGCACAAGAGUUGGCAUUGUUGUAGCUUUGUGCACAGAGGAAAGGCAGUGUUCAGAGCCAUAUAUGCUAUACAUAGUUAUAUCUACAGUAUAUGCCUCUGGUAGUGUUCUGAUCAGAAUGUAGCAAUUAAUAUGUGAAGGCUUGAGGCUUAAAAGUGCAAUUUAACCCCUCCACAAAGCUUUGAUCGUGGCCUUGCCACAAGCCUUAUCUCUGAUGUGUGCAACAGGAGCAAGCUGAAAAGUUACAAAUCACCAAGCAACAGACAUAAGUUACCAGGCAAAGUAUAAACAUUACAAAGCACCAAGCUCAAACUCUGAAGCCACUACUGCUAAAUGUUCUUUCAACUUGGCUGUCCUAUUACUCAGCAUACAGUGUAUAUGUAAAAUGUUUUGUGCAAUCACCAGUUAAGUCUGACUUUUUUGAAAUUAUUUGAUGUUUAAAGCUUGAUUAUUUAUUUAUUUUUUAUGCUGCUAUCGUCUGAGGUGAUUUCACUGUACAGUUAAGCAUUCUACUCACAUACGAUGAUACUUAAAGAAAACUCCUCAAAUUAAAUUAACGAACGAGAUGCUCACAAAGCAGUGUUAUUGCCUUGUUGAAAUUUUGAUCAGUUUCUUUCCCAGGUUGCUUUUGAUGACAGCCUUUUUUUUUUUCAUUUUCUUUUCAGUAAUAUAUUAUUGAAAAAUUAAAAUGAUACAUUAUGCAGGACAUUUGCACAAUAUAUAGUCUCCCUUAAUUCUAACCAAUGUUUAAGAGUUUCCUACACUGUAUAUAGUGGGUUUCACCGCCUGUACUUUUUUAUCACUGACAAGCAUGGCCAACUUUUCAUGUUCCACAAAGCAAAGAUAAACAAUACAGCUACUAUGGUUAAAAAUUUCACAUCUCCACAACACAUUUGAAAUGUUUCAGCACCCCAAUCCUGCCAAGGUGUGAACUGUACAGUUUUCUUGUAGUCUAUAUUUGUACAUUUUGUUUGACUGUUGAGGGGUGGUGGUGGUGGAGGGGUUGCUUUGAUGUAUAGUAUUCCAUCAAUUCGGUUUGAAUUGGACUUUUAUAGGAUAUUAUGCAGAGUCGUCUGCUUUGGUGAAAUACUUCCAGCAGUAAGAGAUUUCUGUUCUCUGUCACUUGUAUUUAGUAUGUUUUGUUCCACCUCCCUCGCUGUACCGCGGAUGUCUGCACAGAGCCUACGCGUACACCCUCUGAUGACGAAAUUUACGUGACGUGGAAAGUAUAAAUUGGACUUAAGCCAGGCUUAACUCAUGGGGAGCAGAGGAGGGAGUAACUAUUGCUUGCAUAUUCAUUUGGAUGCCGUAAUAAAACGGAGAGCUGAGAUGCACAGAGGAGGAGAACCCUGACACUUCCUACUCUGCUCAUGUCACUUCUCUCUGGACAACAUUGCCCCCUGGUGAAUAUACUCUGAUUGUCAAAGGCUUGUAUUUAAACUGUGGGAUUGCUUCUGCCUGCUCUAUGUCCCACUGCAUUACCCCACCCCACCCUGCUGCACUCUAAUCACAGACUGUAUGUUGAGAGAGAAAUAAAUAUUUUGUGCUUGA